AUCGAUGAGGAGUCCCUCCAAUAUCUUGAUACUGAAUCUGUCCAUUGCUGACUUCAUGGUGUCUUUGGCGACACUACCAGCUGUAGGAAUUGGCAGCCUUGCUCAGGAAUGGGUGUUUGGAGGAACUGGUAACCAAAAUUCCCUAUUAACGUACAUCUUUGAACCACAGAUUAUACAUGUUUAUUUUUGUUGCAUGGUGUAUGGGUUCCUCGGUGCAGGAACCAGUAUAGUGUCGAUUAUGACUCUAACCUUGAUUGGAAUAGAGAGAUGCGCCGUCAUAGCCUUUUCUAGGAAAAUGACUCAAAGGAAGUUAGUUGCAUUGAUAAUAUUCACGUGGCUUUAUGGAAUAUUUUGGGCGAUAAUGCCGUUAGUCGGAUGGGGAAGAUACAUAAUUGAAGGCAGUCAGACUUCCUGCACGUUUGACUUUCUCUCACAGGAUAAGUCAACCAAAUCCUUUGUCGUUUCUUUACAAGUUUGUGUUUUCCACAUACCCGUCUGUCUUUUGUUUUUUUCAUAUAUUUCAAUAUUUGUUAAAGUUCGACGUCAUGAACAAAUGAUGGACAGACUUAAAAAAGAACAUUUUUUAAGAUCAAAACGGCUUGACCGGGAGACAAGGGUAGCGAAAUCUGCUUUGAUUAUAACUUUGGUGUUCUGUUUGGCAUGGUUACCAUAUGCUGUUAUAUCAAUUAUUGGUUGCUAUGGAAACGCUAUGCUUGUCACUCCGAUGACAUCAGCACUUCCGGGAUUUUGUGCAAAGCUUUCGACGUCAAUCAACCCCAUUCUAUAUGCUCUUUGUCAUGAAAAGUACAGGAACAAAAUAGGACACGAUAUCAGAUCAGUGAUAAGAUGCACUCUUUCAACUGUUAAAAUUCCAAAACUAUGACUCUAAUUAAUGAAAAGCUUUUGAUGGUGAUUGCAAAUACAUACAGAAUAAUUACUGAAAGGCAGUGAUGAAUACAUGUAUACAAAUUGUACAUAAACUACAUCGGCAUGAACUGAUUUCCCGUGAAGUUUUAAACAGAUAUACAGAUAGCUAAGAGCAUCAUGUAACAAUAUCAUUACGGUCUCUUUUUUGGACUAACGUCGAAAGAGCUUACGAUAACUACGGGUUUCUUUGUGAAAUACAACAUGUGUACACUCGUCUUAAAGAUAAAUAUUUGGUUUCAUCUUGAAACUUCGACUCAAUGUCACAAUCAUCAAUUUUAUUUUUAUAUAAUAGAGACAAGAAAAAAUAUUUAUAAGGAUCAAAUGAACAGAACCAUUGAAACAUAAAAACCAUGUUACCACUUG